AUGUUACGGAAAGCAUAUGGGUAUGCUCCUCGAAUGGGGAUAAGACUAGUGCAUUCACGAUUGUAUUCGAAAGCUACGACAAUCAAGUCAUAUUUUGAUUUAUUUCCGCAGACGUUUCCAGAUCAUGGACCCCCAAAUGAAUCAUUUAUGAUCAACCCAAGACGACUCCGUAGGGAGUAUAGAACAUUACAAAGUGAACAUCAUCCAGAUAUAGUUAUUGGAUCUGCAGCAUUAUCGAAACUGACUGAUAAUGCAGUGGACGAUAAGUUUUCAUCGUUGUUGAACAAGGCCUAUUCGACCAUCAGCAACCCAUACUCAAGAAUUGCCCAUUUGAUUGAACUAAAUCAUCCGGAUCACUUGGAUAUCACACAAGACGAUAUAUCGAAAAAAUUAAUCUCAGACUUUCAGUCCUCGUCAGAUGAGAGAUCCCUCGAAUAUAAAAAUAUGCUCAUGAUGGUUUUAGAAGCACACGAGUCAUUGGAAUUAGCUACCCAAGAUCUGGAUUUGGAAGCAUUGAGUGAAGAAAAUGACGAGAGAAUUGAUGAGAGUGAGGAGGCAAUCGAGCAGUUGUUACAGAAGAAACCACUUGAUUGGAAUGACAUUAUGAUGGAAGCGGUUAGAUUGAAGUACUGGAUUAACAUACAAAAAGGCAUUAAAGAUUGGGAGCCAGGUAAACCUGUCAACAUUACCCAUUAA